CCACUGUGUGAGCUGUCAUUCUCACCACACGCAGCUGUGGAAAUGAGAUAAAACUGAGCUGCCACUUUAGGAAGCUCUCACUCAGCCAGAAACCUCUGAAGCCCAAAAGUAAAAAGUUUGGUGACUCGUUAUUGUGCUGGAUGGCAGCUGUUUUCUGCAAGCAAAGGGGAGAUCAACAGGUGGAGGGAAUGAAGAUUUUUUUUCCCAGUUUGUGGAUUUUUUAAAAGCAGAAGUGAAGUAUUUUUGCUUUGACUAUUUUUGGUUUGUUUCUCAAACUUUAUCUUUUGCUGAAGACAUUUUUAAUAAGACUACACUACACUGAACUACAACUCAGAAGACUAGCCCUCCACUGAAGAGACUAUGAAUGUGCUGUCAAACCCAGUGAUCAGGGCCCAGGAGCAGUCUCUACCUCUCUGUGGCCCCGGGUCUGUCCAGGAUUUACCCCACUGCCCUCCAGGGUUCAACCUGAGCUCCCGCCUAAAUCCUGCACCCAUGCUUGGCCUCCAGAGUGGCCAAAGAUCAACCAAACCUCAGAGGGAGCUGAGCCCCGAGGAGCAGCAGGAGCUCAGGAGGAAGAUCAAUAGCAGGGAGAGGAAACGGAUGCAGGACUUGAACAUCGCCAUGGAUGCCUUAAGGGAGGUCAUGGUGCCUUAUGCCUCCUCGCCAUCUUCUGCCUCCUCCUCUCAGUCCCACCAGCCUGGAGCUCCUCCAGGCCGCAGGCUCUCCAAGAUUUCUACCUUGGUUCUGGCCAGGAACUACAUCCUUCUCCUGGGUUCGUCUCUGCAGGAGAUGCGGCGGCUGCUGGGGGAGGUAAGCGUCGGGAUGGGGGUGAACACAGGACCAGUCCCCCGGCUGCUGCUCGCUGGAGGUUGGCCCCUCAUCUCUGGGCCCAGUCAGCUCCUCCUCACCCAGGAGUCCCUCCUCACCUCAGCAGCCUCCUCUUCCUCUUCUUCCACUUCAUCAUCCUCUUCUGCUAAAUGUUCCCUGUUGUCUCCGGGCCCUAUGGAGGCCUCUCUGGCUCCUAUGCAGUGGAGCUCAGCAGGGGCCUCAGGAGGGCCCCUGUGCCCCUGUGGAGUCUGCAGACUGCCUAGAUUUAGCCACUCCACUCCAGCUCCAAGAUUCCCAAAGUGACAUGUUGAAGUUGAAGUUGAAGUUGAAGUUGAAGGGGAUUUCUGAAGAAUGGAUUGUUACAUGUACGCAACAUUUUUUAUAUGAAUUGUUAUUUUUCUAACAUUUUUAACACGUUUAUAAUAUCUUCCUGUAAUUACUCACGAUUAUCCUUUGAUCUUUUUAAACCUAAUGGAUCUAUGCUGUAUUUGGUAAGCCAGUUUCUUUAUGAAGUAAUUCUAAUAAUCCACUGUUUGUUUCAGAGAUAAGUUGUAUUUUAUUACUUCUCUUUUGUCACAAACAAAGAAACAAUUGACUACUUUGAUGAUUCUUGUAGAAAGUGUAAGCUGUAAUGACUGUAUGUGUGGUGCAGUGUUGUAGCUUGUAGGGUGAAAGAUGGUGACAAUUUUAGGGACCGACAACUGUAGAGGGCCCAAAUCAAGGACUGAAAUAAAAAUGAUAAUAUUUAAAAGCUCUUCUGAGUUUCUUACUAUGAGCAAUGGGGUCCUACACAAACUCAUUAUUAGCUGCCAAAGUAGUUUUGUUGAUUUCACAUGAGAGAUUUCUGUAUUUGUGUUUUUGUCUGUGCUCUUUUCUUGAAUGUUCAAAUGAGUGUACCUAUAUUUAUUGUAUGUGUAUUUAAGUUUGUGUGUGUGUGUGUGUGUGUUUGUUUAAGAGAAGUUGAAAAAAAGACAAAUCCCAUUUCUGCACUAAAUACUGAUUCUACU